AUGGCUUCCGCUUCUUCUUCUUCCCGGACGACGACCUCCUCCAUCCGCGUCAACUGCAAAAGAGCUUUUGACUGGCAGCAAGAGGAAGGAGAAGCUCCUUCAGGCAGACUGGCAAGCGAACCCCACCUCCUCCUCAAACUCCACAGUGUGAUCGACGUUAAUAACAGAGAAAUAUCAAAAGCAACGUUCAUGUCGCGGCACAGUUUCAUCAACUGCAUCCCUUCAAACCUCAAAGCUUUCAUGCAGAAUACGGAGCCCCUCCCAAUGAACUUUUUAAUGGAAAACGAAGAAGCCGAGAUGACGAGGUUGCGUAUCUCCCACACCAUUGAAUAUCAUGUUCGGAAUUGCAGUAAAGUUGAAGGGCUUAAAGGGCUUGUCGUGCAAGUCAUUCUCAAGGUCUAUGUGACGGAGCGGGAGGAAGAUCAGGUGACGAGUAUUCUUCGCGAGAUGAGGAUGGCUUUGGUGCAGAGAAAUCUUUACAUGGGAGGAUCAGGGGAGAGUGGUAGUAGUUCUUCAACGUCUGUUGGGGACGAGGAAGUUUGUGCUGUUUGCUUGGAAGGGAUGGUUGAAGGAGGGAAGGAAGUGGUUCUCACGCCGUGUAAGCAUAAAUUUCAUGGCGGAUGCAUCAGGCGAUGGUUUGAAGAGAGCGGCUUUUGUCCGCUGUGCCGGUUCUAUGUAGGACCGUAA